GAAUGAACACACGAAACGUCACCUUACACCUUCACGACUAUCGAUCACACACACUGUCCGAUUAAAUAUCACGGGGUCAGUGAUCUAGGGCCGGGUUGGCGUUUGUGAAGCGCGCGCCGGCAUUGCGCGUCCCCCCCGCGCCUCACACAUGGCUCGCGCCACUCCGCCGCUUCUGGACCAGAUGAACGGAUUCGCUCCGGGUUCUUCACGCGUUAUGAUCCGGUGAAGAGCCAUGCGCUCGAGACGCGAUUCCCGCGCGCGUUCCGUGUAAACCCGACGCUUUCCUCAACGCUUGAUCGGUUCCGCUGACUCGCGCGGCUCGACCCGGUUCUGUGACACCGAGAGUGUGUGUGUGUGGCUGGAGAAACAGUGUGUCCAGUCCCAUGUUGCAGCCGAACCAGCACGAACAUGCCCGCUCAAAAGAUCCGGUGAAAUACGGCGAACUGGUGAUCCUCGGGUAUAAUGGCUCUCUGCCAGGAGGAGACCGGGGCCGCAAGAGGAGCCGCUUUGCUCUUUACAGGAGAGCGAAGGCCAACGGCGUCAAGCCGAGCGCGGUGCACGUCCUCAGCAACCCUCACGACAGCAAGGCGGUGAACAGCAGGGGGCAGCACAGCAUCUCCUUCACCCUCUCCAGGAGCCAGACGGUGGUGGUGGAGUAUUGCCACGAUAAUGACACCGACAUGUUCCAGAUCGGUCGCUCGACGGAGAGCCCUAUAGACUUCGUGGUGACGGAUACGCCGGGAGGGUCCAAGGAGAGCGAGGACUCGUCUUCGGCUCCCAGCACCAUCUCACGCUUCGCCUGCAGGAUCGUCUGCGAUCGUAGCCCACCGUUCACCGCACGCAUCUACGCCGCCGGCUUCGACUCCUCCAAGAACAUCUUCCUCGGGGAGAAAGCAACUAAAUGGAAGAAUCCGGAUGGUCACAUGGACGGCCUGACGACCAAUGGCGUGCUGGUGAUGCAUCCGCUGGGUUUCCCUGAAGACCCGAAGCAGGGCGUGUGGAGAGAGAUCUCGGUGUGUGGAGACGUGUACGCCCUCAGAGAGACCCGAUCCGGACCCAUACGCGGACCACUGGCAGUGGGCGAGAGCAGUGCUCUACAGGACGGGUCUCUGGUGGACCUGUGCGGAGCGACUCUCCUGUGGCGUACGGCUGACGGCCUCCUCAAGUCCCCGUCUCUCCGGCACCUCGACACACUCCGCCUGGAGCUGAACGCGGGUCGCCCGCAGUGUCCCGUGGGUUUGAGCACGCUAGCGUUCCCGAGCCUCCCGCGCUCACACAGCCUGGAGGAGCGCCAGCCGUGGGCGUACCUUGCGUGCGGACACGUGCACGGCCGGCACGACUGGGGCCGGCGCCCCGAACGCCACCGCGAGCACGAGGAGAGUGUGUGUGUGUGUGCUGGGAGCCACGGGGAGUGUCCCCUGUGCCGGACCGUCGGCCCGUACGUGCCGCUGUGGCUCGGCUGUGAGCCGGGUUUAUACGUGGACGCCGGCCCCCCGACGCACGCGUUCGUUCCCUGUGGACACGUGUGCUCGGAGAAGACGGGCCGGUACUGGGCCGAGACGCCUCUGCCUCACGGGACUCACGCUUUCAGACCCACGUGCCCGUUCUGCUCCGCCCCGCUCACUCACACACACACACACACGCGCCUCAUCUUCCAGGGGCCCAUCGAUUGAUGAAGGGGCCGAAUGGGGGACGAAACGGGUCGGGAGUCUCAACAACAGGUUUUUAAAGUCUCUUCUGCUCACUUAAAGCUACACUGUGUGAUUUUUACCCCCAUCUAGUGGUGAAACGAUAUAUGACC